UCUCUUUUUUUUUUUUUUUUUUUUUGGAUCUUGAACCAGUUUGAAAGACUCUAAACUGAUCUAAACCAGGUCUAACUUAUCUCUGUCUUUGUUUAUUUUCCUGUAAACUCCUCCUAGUUUGUGUUUUUUUUUCCUUUCCUUAUCUUCAGCCUCCGCCCCCAGAAACCCAGAGCAACUAUCGGCUGCACCCAAGUCCAGGACUCAACCGGGACUCGACCAGGACUCAAACUGGACCAAGACCUGGGAAUCGACCGCAAGGCUGUGAUGCCAUAAGCGUCUGGAUCAGAGAUGGCCGUUGUGAACACUGCGCCGCGGAGCCUCUUCAGGAGCAUCAAGUUCUUCGUGCUGUGUCACAGCGCGCUGCAGCUCGCUCAGCUCCUCAUCUCCGGUUACAUGAAGAGCUCCAUCUCCACCAUCGAGAGGCGCUACGGUCUGUCCAGCCAGAGAGCCGGGCUGCUCGCCUCCUUCAACGAGGUGGGUAACACUCUUCUGAUCGUCUUCGUGAGUUUUUGGGGCAGUCGUGUUCAUCGGCCGAGGUUCAUCGCCGGAGGAGCGAGUUUAGCCGCAGCCGCCGCACUGCUCAUGACCGCGCCCCACUUCCUGUACGGACCCUAUGAGUACACGGACCAGGACACAGCUCAGGGUAACCGCUCGAGCCUGUGCCGGGUGAAUGGGUCAGUGGGAUCUGACCCGGGCUGUGCGGAGCGUGAGGGCAGCGGGCACGAGGGCGCGUACCCGCUGCUGUUGCUAGGGCAACUGCUCCUGGGCAUCGGGGCGGUGCCCAUCCAGCCGUUUGGCAUUUCCUACAUCGACGACUACGCCAGCAAACGCAACUCGCCUCUCUACCUCGGGAUCCUUCUGGCCGUCACCUCCAUCGGUCCGGCCUUCGGCUUCAUGACCAGCGCCUUCACACUCCGGAUCUUUGUGGACUUCAACACCGUCUCCAAAGACCAGGUCCGUAUGGAGCCCGGGGACCUCCGGUGGGUCGGGGCGUGGUGGCUCGGUUUCCUGUUGGCGUCUUGUUUGCUGUUUCUGACGGCGCUGCCCAUCCUGUUCUUCCCCCGAGAGCUGCCCCCAGAGGUGGAGGACGAGGAGACGGUGAAACCUCCUCAGGUCAGAGCCGCGACGAUGGGCGACUUCAUCCGCAGUUUCCCGCAGACGGCGCUCCGGACCCUGCGCACUCCGGUCUACAUGUGUGUGGUCCUGGCCCAGGUGAAUCUCGCUGCGCUGCUCUCGGGUCUCGCCACGUUUAUGCCCAAGUUUAUGGAGCGACAAUUCAGCCUAACCAUGGCCUUCUCCAACCUGAUGAUCGGGGGCGUGGCUCUGCCCUUCUCCAUCAUGGGCAUCGUUCUGGGCGGAGUCUUGAUGCGGCGUCGCGGUCUCUCUGUGAUCGGCGCCGGGCGGAUGUGCCUCGUGUCUCUGUCUCUCUGCAUUCUCUUCGCCGCCCCGCCUCUCAUCGGCUGCUCCACCCAGAACGUGCACGGCGUCUACCCGCGGAACGCCAUCAGGUUGAUGUGUGGGUCUUGCUGGUGCCCGGAGGACUCCUUUAACCCGGUGUGCGGUUCGGACGGGGUGGAGUUCCGGUCUCCGUGUCACGCAGGAUGCAAGUCACAGGAGACUGACCCCAAGACCGGACGCCCCAGUAACUACACAGACUGUGGCUGUGUGUCUGGGUCUCCAGGACUAGACUCUGGUCCGGGUCUAGGUGGGUCCUGGGCGACGCAGGGGACCUGUGGGAGUCCGUGUUCAAAACUCAUCCUGGUCUUUAUGGUUUUUGUGUCUCUGACGUGUUUCGUCGCCUCGUUCUGCCACACGCCUUCAUACAUCAUCAUACUCAGGUCGGUUCCGGUGGAGGACAAAUCUUUCGCUGUUGGACUUCAGUACAUGUUCUUCAGAGUCCUGGCGUUCUUCCCCGGUCCGGUGCUCUACGGCAGAGUCAUCGACACCACGUGCCUCCUCUGGGGCAGGAAGUGCAACAAACAAACUUCCUGUCUCUACUACGACAUGGAUCUCUUCAGACACAGGUUCCUGGGUCUUCAGCUGCUGUUUUUUUGCGGCGGUUGGUUUUUUAUCUUGAUGAUGGUUUUGAUUCAGAGACGAAACAAAAAACGAGAAAUGAAACGAUAUGAACUCGCCUCGACCGGACUCACGGAACCAGGACCAAACCAGGACCGGAUCAAGACCUAACUGCCCCCUAAAAUGUGUUAAUAAGACCUGAACUAAACCAGGACUAAACCAGGACUAAACCAAAUGUAUUGAAAAUCUGUGAAAAUCUCGCUCAUCUGUGAUUAAGCUUUUCAGGGACAAUAUAUUUUUUUUACAUUUAUUCAGAAAUUUUUUAUUUUUUUGCUUGUGUAAAUGUUUAUUACGUAAAUAAAAUGUUUAAAACAAA